UAUUCCGCCAUGUUGGGAAGCUACUUGAAAUGCCUGAAACCGAACCGCGUUCGAUCGAAAUGCUAACAUUUUAGAUGCAUAGCAACGACUGUAGAAAUGUCUUACGAACAAUAUAGUGGCCUUCUUUUUGAGAUUAGCCAACGACUCGAUCAACUGAAUCAACAUGAACGCUUGCUCUUCAUGUGUAGAAGGCGUGUGGUGUCUAGACCUGAAAACAUUCGCGAUGCACUUUCGCUGUUACGAGAGCUAGAGGAACAAAAUAAUUUGGCCAUUGAUCAAGUUGAGUUAUUGAAAGAUCUUCUAAGAGAAGUCGGAGAAUGUUCUUUGUUGCAGAAAGUGACAAAGUUCGAGGACAAAAGAAAAGAUUACAACGAGUUACUUGAACAGAUCAGCCGUGCUCUCGACGAAAGCAAUCAACUGCAGCAGCUCAUUGCUGUCUGCAUCGAGAGGGGUACGUUGGAGGAAAAUGAAAGAAACACACAAAUUGGUCGAAUUUUGUUUGAAAAACUUGAAUGCCGUGAACAUUUUGCAUUUGGUCGCCUUGCUUUCUUGAAAGGGAUUUUAUCGGAAAUUGAGAGACUAGAUCUAGUGAAGAAGGUUCAGGAUUUCGAGAAGCGGAGAAUUGAUGAGGAUGAAUUUGAAAGAAGAAAAGCACAAGCCGGAAGCAUUGUUGCAGCGGCCAGGGUUGUCGGUGGAAGAGUUAUCGGAGGUCGACAAUCUGAUGGGGCUCACUGCUUUAUGGAACAGGUACGAGGAUGGCACGCUCAAGGAACAUUUAUUCGAUUUUUUUGUGACUGAUGAAAUGAAGACCCGUGCCGGUGGUGAGGAGAAUGUGGAAUUGACUGUGACGAUUGAAAGGGAAGAAUACGAGAAAGCUUACUCUGAGCUUGUCCAAGAAGCUGAUGAUAACGAGAGGGGAAUUCCGGAAAGAGGUGUUCGAAGACACUCCGACUCAGUGCUAUCUGUCCCACCCAGAACAGAUGAAAAGUUGCUGAUAACACUAGCACAAGUUAAGCACCAAGUUGUGUCUCUCGAGGAAAGAAUGGAUGUUCUAGAUCCUCAAAUGGUUGCAUUGGAGAACGGAGAUAGUGGACGACCUCAAGUAAGAAAUCGCAGACUCUCUGACUCAUUUUUACUUCUUAAGCCAAGCCAAGAUGAGGUGUCGCUGAGGAAGCUCACUCAACUUGAGAAUAAAAUAAAGCUCCUGGAAGAAAGAGUGGAAAUUCUAGAGAUAAGAAGGCCGAUUGAUUUAUCAUCAGAAGGGCUAGAUCAGAAUGCCAGCUACGAAUGGCUCGGAAAAACCAAGAUGUACGUGGACAAUCUUCCAUUCGAGACGCAGAGUUUGAUAACAGAGAUAACUGACAGCGGUUUGGAAAUGGAACUGAACAUAUAUCUACGCUAAACAUCUGAGUUUAGCGUAGAUAUAAGUGAUGAAUGUGACACCCAGACGGUAAUGGAUAACGAGUGGUUGUCACUGUCAUUAGCUUUGCAGAGUAAGAAUUUCGCCAUCGUUGAUG